AUGACAUCUUUGUCGCAGUCGUCUUACACCCCAGCUUGUGCCCGUUGCAAGUUCUUUAAAAGAAAAUGCUUGCGGGAAUGCAUAUUUGCUCCCCAUUUCCCACCUGAAGUGCCACAAAAAGAUGCUGUUGCGAGUUCUCUUGCUUAUGAAACCAAGGUUCGCGUCAUGCACCCUGUCUACGGCUGUGUUUCCGCCAUCUCUUUUCUUCAGAACCAAGUCGAGAUGCUGCAAAAGGAACUUCACGCUUUCAACGCCGAGUUAAUCAGGUAUGCUAAUAAUGACAUGCAUACAAUACCUAUGGGAGGGCUUAGAAGAGAAGGUUUGAUUCCUUCCAUUCUCUUGUCCUCUUCCAUGGAAUAA